AUGACCCCCCUCUUGUUUAUACGAACGAAAGCUACACUGUCUCGGGUCCGCGAUGCUAACAAGGGCGACCCAUCUAGGGCUGUCUACGGUCGUAAUUAUCAUCCUCAGGACCUUCCUGCGUCCCAACUCACCCAUAUUCUCUACGCAUUUUUGAAUCUUCGACCGAAUGGAGAAGUUUUCUCGGGAGACACUUAUGCCGAUCUUGAGAGACGAUACCCGACCGACAGCUGGAACGACAUUGGAACCAACGCCUACGGCGCCAUAAAGCAGCUCUACCUCCGCAAAAAGGCCAACCGCCGCCUCAAGACGCUGCUAAGCAUCGGCGGCUGGACCUGGUCCACCAACUUCCCCGCGGCGGCCAGCACGCCCCAAACAAGGGCGACCUUCGCGCGCACGGCGGUCGGGCUCAUGAAGGACUGGGGCUUCGACGGCAUCGACGUCGACUGGGAAUACCCCGCCAACGACGCCGAGGCGGCAAACCAGGUACUGCUGCUCCAAGCGGUGCGCGACGAGCUGGACCGGUACGCGGCGUCGCACGCGCCGGGGUACCACUUGCUCCUGACCAUCGCGUCGCCCGCGGGGCCGCUGCACUACAACCGCAUGCGGCUCGCGGAGCUGGCGCGCGUCAUCGACAACUUCUACCUCAUGGCCUACGACUUCGCCGGGUCCUGGGACGCCGUGAGCGGCCACCAGGCCAACCUGUACCCGAACCCUCAGAACCCGGCCGCGACGCCCUUCUCGGCCGACGGCGCCGUGAGGGGCUACCUCGACGCCGGGGUGCCCGCUGCCGGCAUCGUGCUGGGUAUGCCCAUCUACGGGAGGGACUUUCGCAACACGGACGGCCCCGGCAGGCCGUACCAGGGCGUCGGGCAGGGCUCGUGGGAGGCGGGCGUGUGGGACUACAAGGACCUGCCGCGGCCGGGGGCGGCGGUAUCGUUUGACCCCGUGGCGCAGGCGUCGUAUAGCUACGACAGCGCCAACCGGCACCUCGUGUCCUACGACACGCCCGCCGUCGUCAGGUCCAAGGUGUCGUAUCUCCGCCAGAGGGGGCUCUCGGGGUCCAUGUUCUGGGAGGCCAGCGGUGACCGGACCGGGGCCGAGAGCUUGCUCCAGACGAGCUUCGAGGCGCUCGGUGGGGCGGGAGGUCAGGAUUCGACGCUGAACCUUCUGAGCUAUCCGGAUAGCCGGUACGACAACAUUCGGAAUGGCAUGGAGCCGGCGAGGAAAUGUUGA